CCUUCACCGUAUAUAUAACAAAAAGCUGUGACCUCUCCGUGGCUGUAUCGUUAACAAAUAACAAUAAACCAACCCGAGAAAAGAAAAAAAACACCACCGACGGUGAAACUUUCCGGCGAGAAAAUCUUCAAGUUAAAAGAGGAGAGAUAGAUUGUUCGAUAUCGUUUGGGAUUCUCGAUCGGUUUAGAGAGGAAGAAGAAGAGAGUGCACCGAUCAAUGGUAUUACGCGGUGAGAUGACGACGGCGCCGAGGAGGAGAACAGAGCGACCGAAGAGUCUCCAUAAUUUCACGCUCCCGGACUUGAAGUGGGGGAGUCAGCGUCAUCUCAAGUGCUCCAGGAUCGAUUAUUUGGGCAGCGGUUCCGGCGAUCACCGACUCCGACGCCGAUCUCCGCCUUUCAAACUCCCUGCUUCCUCCGUUUCGAUCCCGUCUGAACACCGGAGGAGCAUCAACAACCAGCGCCGCCUCCCACCGUUGGAAGACGAAGAAGAAGAAGGGAUCGAGGAGUUCAGGGUGAAGAUCAUGUCGGAUCUGAAGACGGUGAGGGAUAAUAUCACGCAAUCGAUGUUUAGGGAACACGCUCUCGAGGACGAAGAAGAAGAGGGCAAGACCGACGAGUCCGGCCAUGAGAAGGUUUCUCCGGCGAAGCCAUGGAAUCUGAGGAAAAGGAGAGCCGCGUGCAAGGAACCUGUUUCGGAGAAGAUAGUGAAUCCGUCGCCGCCGAGGGUGAAGGAGAGAGUCGGAGUGGUGGAAGCCGAGACGGCGGCGAAGGAGAUUACGAUGCGGCGGCCCAAGUUCUCCGUGAAGCUUACGAAGAAGGAGAUCGAGGAGGAUUUCAUGGCGGCUCUUGGUCACCGACCACCGCGCCGGCCAAAGAAGCGGCCAAGAACCGUUCAGAAAAAACUCGACAGCUUGCAUCCUGGGUUUUAUCUUAGUGAAGUGACGCUUGAUGCGUAUAAGGUCCCAGAAGAAACCAAGAAUAUACACCGAUGAUGAUGAUGAUGUAAAAGAUUAUGUAAUUCAGUUGCCGUGAAGUUUCAAAGAGCUGUCAAUCUUUUGAAAUUGGGUCAAGUCUUGAAGCUCCCUUCCCUGUUCUGCUAAUUUUUCGUUUUCUUAAUCAUUCUUUCUUCCCAACUUGUUCUGAAUAAACUGUACAAAAAGCUAUUCAGAAUGUGUAGGUUCUGUUCCGGUUGAUUAAUUUAUAAUAACAGU